UAACUAGGUCCAGUAAAACUAACCUUCCUUGUUUUUCAGUUUACUUUGCUGAUGUGUGUGGAUCAACUCUAGACUCUCACCAUGGAUUUGUUGCUGAAUGUGGUCCAUCUAGGGAUGUAGACUUAGGCUUUCAUGUGGAUGAUUCAGAAGUAACAUUGAAUGUUUCUCUGGGUAAACAAUCUGUGGGAGGGGAAUUAUAUUUCCAAGGCGCAAGUUACAAUAACAUUGGGAAAAGAUAUGAUGCAAAGUCAGAGGUUGCCGUUUUUGCUCCUUCACGGUCAUCACCCUAUGUUACCAUAACACUAAAGACCAUGUUUGAGCCACUUUACAGGGAGUUGUAUACAUUUGACCCCACAUUCUUUUUCACCCCCUCUUUCCUGAAGGCCAUCAAUGGAGACACAGUGGAAAGCUUUGGAAGUGUAGUUUCUGUAUCGUCUCCAGGAAUAUUUGUCUCUGAAAUGCUUCAGCCUAAAUUCUAUGAGAUGAUGCUAUCAAAGGUUGAUAAGUUCGGAGAGUGGGUUAAUGUGGCAAAGAUCCAGAUCACGAAACCAAACACCAUGAGGAAAUACGGUACCUUGCUUGACAACUUUGGACUGGAUAGCAUGCUUGAAAAUAUCAUGGAGGGUUUUGUCUUUCCUGUUUCCAAAGUGUUCCCGGAAGUGUGUGGAUCAAAGUCUGACUCUCAGAAUGGAUUUGUUGUUGAAUAUGGCACAGAUAGGGAUAUUGACUUAGGCUUUCAUGUGGAUGAUUCAGAACUAACAUCGAAUGUGUCUUUGAGUAAACAUUUUGAGGGAGAGGAAUUAUAUUUCAGAGGCACACGAUGCAAGAAACAUGAUGUGAAUACAGAUACAAAGCCAGAGCAGGAAAUGUUUGGUGACUCUCACACACCGGAUCAGGCUGUACUACGCCAUGGUGAUAGAGCAACAACAUCUGGUCAUGGGGUCGAUAUGAUUCUUUGGUCCAGAAGAGAUGCAAUCAUAUCAGAAGGAAUUCUCAAGCUGAUGCGGUCAAAGCUUCUGAGAAAAGAAAUAAAAGCAAAGCCAGACUCUUGUUGCCAGAAGAAAGAGGGUGAAGCUCAAGCUUGAUGAAACAAUACCCGUAGCUUACACCAAUAGCAAUCAAUCGGUCAAGCCCUGAAAGUAUUACUAUUCUGCUUUGACACUUUACUUGAAAAAAAAACUGAGUAUUUUGGGGCUCUUUGUGUUCUGAAACUUCUUGUCUCUCACGUUACUAUGUACAUGAAUUUUUUACCUGCACAAGGAACAAGGUUAUAGUAUAGUAUUGAUCUCAAGAAGUCGUAGAAUUUUACU